UGUACGAUGGGUUUUACGAUUGAACUGGAUUAUGUUUGCUUUCUCUCAUAUGAAUUCUUAUUGAUGCUGUCACAUUUAAAGAUUUUCAGUGCAAGGUAAGAGAUCCUGAAGACGGAAGUGCUACUUAUUUUGACUGCAAUUAUAUCUGGCAAAAUCCUAAUGUCAAUCCUGCCCCUUCUGCUGAUGUAGAAUUUGAAUCAAAAAUGUCAGAACCACACCUGCACUAUUAUCCUGAUCAUGGAUCAAGUCUACCUGAAUAUUUGCAGGAAGGUAUUCCAGAAGUUCAAGAAAGUUACAGUAUGAGCUAUCAAACAUCUACUUCUACUAAUGGACAUGGAGAUGAAGAUGCAUCUUCAAAUAAUUCACAAUCUUCUGUGCCUGUGGAUAAUGCUUCUUUAAUCAGCAGAAGUACAGCUCAGACUAAAACUCAGGAACACAAAACUAUCACAAAAGUCAUUAAAACAAGAGAAGUUGUUCACCACAUGACACCACCUCACCCGAACGCCCCAACUAGUGACUUUUUGCCAUAUCCUACAAAUGUUCCUCAUGACAGAGAGUAUACUUAUGACCCAGGCAGACCUCCAAGUCCAGCUGGCCAAACACCACACACAACUCAGGUGUACCCUCACGAUUAUGUUGCAACAUAUGGAAGGGGCACUGCAUCUCCAUCAGCUGUCCGCAAUUUCAUGUACUCACCACAGACGCAAUAUGCAGAAUAUGGCUAUCAUGAUUACCCUGAAAAAAAAAGCCAUACUCAUACACCUUCAGAGAGAGGUUCCUCUGAUUCACCAAAUUUACAUCGUGCAAUGCCACAGGCUCCUAGGGCUGUUGCUUCAGAUUAUAACCACCAUGAGGGUGGGCCGUGCAACUAUGAACAUAUUGAAGGUGCUCUUGGGGUGCCACCCAGAAUAGAGUAUCCUCGUCGAACACCUUCUCCAACACUUUCUGAGAGUGCUGAUCCACAUACAUAUGGUGUUUAUGGAUGUCCUCGUCCGGGAACUGCUGUUGAAGCAACUCCGCUCUCCCCUGGAUAUCAGUAUAAUAUACCAGAAGGGGGCUAUUUAGAUCGUAGGCCUAGCUAUGAUGCUGAAACUCUAUCUAGGACUAAAGGUUCUCUGGAAAAUACUACAUAUGGACGUACUGCACCAAGAACUGUUUUUGAAGAAGAUAGAGAACACUCUCUCCCCCCAUCUUCUGCAGAUGGUAGUCAUGUCUACCCUGAUGGGAGUGUUGUUGCAUCUCGGGUCCAUUCACAUUUGGACUAUGCAAAACCACCAGAUAGUGAAUCAGGUAAAAAGUUUCAGUCCUUCCGUGACCCUUCGCUUCUUGAAGUCAUUGAAUUCCUUGGGCAUCCAAACAAUUGUGUUAAAGCAAAUGCCGCAGCAUACCUCUGGCAUUUGGCCUACAUGGAUGACAAUACCAAAUUGAAGGCUCGCUCACUUGGUGCUAUACCAAAUCUGGUUCAACUGCUAAACCAUGACAUUGCCGAGAUUCAACGAAACAGUUGUGGGGCUUUAAGAAACUUGUCUUAUGGCAAACAAAAUGAUGAAAACAAGCGUGCAAUUCGUGCUGCUGGUGGCAUUCCUGCUCUUGUGCGCCUAAUAAGAAAAACAGCUGAUAAUGAAAUUCGUGAACUUGUAACAAGUAUAUUGUGGAAUUUGUCGAGUUGUGAAGACUUGAAACAUAACAUCAUUGAUGAUGCUUUAAAUGUGCUGGUGAAUCACGUUAUCAUUCCUCAUUCUGGGUAUGACGGCAGAAGAAAUCCAUUAGAUCCAUUAGUUGAUGAAAUCAAACCAGAAAGAGUCAUGGACAUGUAUUGUACAACAGUCUUUCGAAAUAGCAGUGGAGUUUUAAGAAACGUUUCAAGUGCAGGCUUCUAUGCGCGGAAGAAACUAAGAGAAUGUGAGGGACUAAUUGAAUCAUUGGUUUUUCUGCUUCGGGCUGUCGUAUCAAAAAGUGACAUGGACAAUAAAAGCCUUGAAAAUGUAGUGUGCACACUCAGAAAUCUAUCGUAUCGGAUACAAGAAGUGGAAGAUCCAACAUAUGAUGAAGACAAAGCACAAAAGACUGCUGCUAGAGCUAGUGCUCCAAUUAGAGCCGUCAGUGAGUUGGGAUGCUUUUCAGUGAACAAAAAGAAAAAAGACCUAUUGACAGCUGAAAGAGAAGUACCACUGACAAAAAAUCCAAUUAGAGACUCCGACCCUGUUCGUGGGGCUGCCCUAUUGCAUCAGUUUGAGGUUGCUAACUGUUACCUAUCGUUGCUCGUUGAAUCCUCGAAUCCAGACAUCUUAGAAGCAUCAGCUGGAGCACUUAUGAACCUGGCAGCGGGCUAUCCUUCAUUUUCGCCAAGCAUCGAGAUUCGAAGCUACAUUCGUAAACAAAAGGCUUUACCCAUUCUCGUGGAGCUCCUCAGGAUGUCUAAUGAUCGCGUGGUCUGUGCCAGUGCCAGGGCAUUGCGGAACAUGACAAUUGAUGCAAGAAACCGGGAUUUAAUAGGAAGUUAUGCGUUGAAAGAUUUGGUCUUAAAAUUGCCUAAUGGCAGCCGAGACCAUGAUAUGGAGAUAUCAGAUGAUACCUGCUCAGCAGUACUGGCAACGCUCAAUGAAGUAGUGGGAAAGCAAAGUGAUUUUGCAAGAUCUCUGCUUCAAAUUGGGGGCAUAGACCGUCUCGUCAAGAUCACUCAACAGAAAGAUGCUUUCUCACCAAGAGUCCACAAGUUUGCCUCACAACUCCUUUACAAUAUGUGGCAGCAUUUAGAACUCAGAGAAGCGUUCAGAAAGGCUGGAUGGAAGGAAAGCCAUUUUAUAACACACCACAAAGGAACCCGCAAUUCCUUAUCAUCACCAACUGGAGCAAGUUCAACUCUUAAUAGAACUGUAAGCUCUAAAGGAGGAACAAAGUACGAAGAUCACAGAACUUUGCCUCAAGGAACGGACCUGAACUCUUCUGCAGGUCCAAUACCUUACAGUAGGUCUGAAGGGGAGCUUCCAUUAAGUGAACUUGGCCAUAGUUCUGAACCUCCACCUCCAUCUCAAGUCCAUAGACCUCACAUUGGAGUUUUUCCUUCAGGAAUGCAACAAACCAGAUCCCCAACAGAACCUGUUUAUGCUCAGGUAAACAGAGAAAAAAAGAAAGGGCGUGCACGGCAUUCAGACAUCCCAGUACAGCUUCUUUCCAGUGAACAACCCGAAGAUGUGCCAGCUGGCGACUCAUGGGUGUGACAAGUCACCUUCCUCUGUGGCCUUGCCCGCUUCACUCUCCUACGCAGCUGUGUGAAGAUUCUUAAGAUGAGCAGCAGAUAGAAUUAUGCAGAUUAUUUUAAGCCUUGUGAAAACAGCUCAAAAAUCUUCGAGCAUUGUUAAACUUUGAAAAAGAAAACUUGAAACUAAGUUCAUGCAUUAUGAAAUUCUUUUCUGGUUAGUGUGUUCAGUAACAAGUGAUAACUGAAAUUAGCCGUCAAGUUAUUCUUACAACAUAAUUUGUGGUGUAUGAUAUAAACUGGAGUUGCGAGCAAACUUCCUCUAUAAAUAUUUUCUCGUAAAUGCCUCCUUUCUUGUGAGAAAACUACUCAAUGGACAAUAUGUACUGUUACUACCAUGAAUUUGUUGCCCAUAUUGACAGCUCUUUGUGCCAACUGAAGAAAAUAUUGGCGCUACAGGUAGCUUACAGCGCUGGAAGUUUGAUAUCAACACAUUGCUAAGCGACUUCUUGCUUUUUAUACAGAAAUAUUUAAAAACUUUAAAUUAUUAAAAACUUGAUGUGAAAUCCGGCCUCAAUAUUUUCUGAAAUUUAAAAAGAGUUUUAGGUAUUUGCAGUCCAGUUUUUGGCUCUUCAUGAAAUAAAGAUUCUAAUUCAGUAAAUCAGUGAACAUUGAGGUUUGGAAAUAUUCACAACAAGAAAAGCAUUAAGACUUAUGUUUUUCUUUUACUGAAAUGUUUAUAUUUAUUUGCAGGUUUUUUUUUUUUUUUUCCACUUUUAUACUUUUUCUGAAAGAUACCUAGUUUAUUUUAGCGAACUUCUAAAAUUUAAGUUGUAUAAAUCCUUCAUUAAUUUAAUAUGUAAAGUUUAAAAACGCCAUGUCUUUGUGAUGCAGUGAAACCUCUCUUUGUGACUACAUCUACAAAUAAAGAUCUCUUGCAAAGAUUCUCUUUUUUUUUAUAUAGGCAUGGAGUUUUUACUUUAUAGGUGCAGCAGAGUAAAAGACUUAUACAAUCACUUAUUAUGAACACUUAGAAUAGCAAAGACCAUCAGACUGGCUGAAAAUUGCCUGUCUAAGUUAAGUUUUAGCUUACAAAAUUAAAUAAGGAUAGUGCUAAAUAUUUUUCAUAUAUGUCAAAUUUCAAAGGGGUUGGGUGAUGUUAGGAAAUGAUUUUGAGAAAGUAAAUCGUACUUUUUUCCUUGGUAUCGAUGCAAUACAAAAUUCCUGUUGGAUCACAGAAUUCCAAAAUUUCUCUUUAAUAUGUUGUAACGAUUCAAAAGAAAAAAAAAUGGUUAUGAUAAAGAAAAAUAAAUGAUAGCAAUAUUAAAUUGUCUUUUAUGCUGUUGUUUGCAAUAAAAAUGUAAAUAAAG